ACUGGCAAAGCCGCGCACCCUUUAUUCAACUCGUUUAUAAAAAUAGAAUAAAUUUAAAUUAAGAUAGUCAGAAGUGAACACAAAAUAUUCUUUAAAAAUGGCUCAAUACACAUCUCAAGGAGCAAACUUUUUAAGGGGUUACCAAAAAGCUAAUUAUCUUAGUGUUGGAAAAUCAAAAGGUUUACCGGAUGCUUAUUUAAAGUUUCUCAAAGAAUGGAAAGUUACAACUCCAGCAGCAGUUCAUUAUAUUCCAAAAGAAGGUCGUUAUCAGCGGAAUAUUCGUACCGGAAUUGUUACUCCUGUACAAAAUAGACCAAUCCCAUUAAAACGUGUUCCGGAAGAAGAUGUUGGAAUGUGGGGUGGCGAAGCAAUCAUCAAAGGAUUUCAGAAAAGACAUCCAACUAAGCGUCGAGUUCCUCAUUUUUGGGUUCCAACGCUGAAGCGUUCUGUUGUCAGAAGUGAGAUUUUGAAUGAGUUCUUUUCAAUGACUGUUACUGAUCGAACAAUCCGCCUCAUAUUAUCAAAUAAUGGCUUCGACCACUACUUGCUGAAGACAAUGGCUUGCGAUCUUUAUUCAUUAUUGGCUUUAAAGAUGAAACAGAGAAUGCUUACAAGCCUGUUAAAUGGUUGUCCUGAAUGGGAACAUGAUCCGAAACGACAAGAGGAAAUUAAAAAAGAAUUUAACAAAUAUCUCGAUGACUACACACCCGAAGAAAUUGAGUGGUAUGGAUUGACUUGGGAAGAAGCGAUUGAAAAAACUAACAAAAUUCAAGCUCUGAACAACCCGAUAGUUCCUCAUAAAAUUAUAUUUCGCGAGCGAUUAUUAGAACAGCUUAGAGAAGCAGGAAUAUCAGAAGCACAGGAAACUACUGGCGAGUCAUUAUCAUGGAUGAAGAAAAUUAAUCCAUUCUCAAAGAAGGAAACUUAAAUUAGUUUUAAAACCUGUAAAAAUAUUUUAUUGAGUAAAUAAAUUAGAAUAAUGAAAAGUGAAA